AUGGACAGGGUGAAAGGCUGUAAAUUUGAAGGUAAUUUUCAGAACAUGGUAAGCAUAAUAACUUUUUUUGUUUAUUGUUGUGCCAUUAUAUGCCACCAGAUUGCCAUUGAUGGUUUGUCAGUAGUGUUUCAGAGACACUGACACUGCCAUCCUGCAGUGCUCACAGUCCAUCACUGAUAUUUGUAUGUGAAGAAGUAAAAUUGUGGCAGCAAAAGAGAUGUAGGCUAAAUUGCUUCAAAACAGUACCUGCACCAAGAUCCUCCGUGCAUCAUAACUGCAAUAUGUUGUAGUGGUUAUGGUGCAUUGAGUGUCUAUUUGAUUCCCUGUCUAGAACAGGCAUGUUAAACUCAGUCUAGCAAGGUCCAAAUAAACGAGGUUUGAGUUUAUGUGGGCCGCAAAAAAAAAAAAAAAUUUCAUAGAAAUGUAGGUUUAUUUUGAAAAGUACAGUGUGUAUAUAUAUAUAUAUAUAUAUAUAAAAAACAGCACCCCUUGGUACUAAAUCCCAGUCCCUCUCACCCCUUCCCCAUAUAUAUUAAAUCCCAGUUCCCCCACGUGCAGUUUAAUGAUGCCGGAAUAUGAUGUCAUAUUCCAGCAUUAUUACAGACGGCGCGCACGAGAGAGCAGUGAGGAGCAUGAAUGCUGAGCUCCCUCACUGUGUUACCGGAGGAAUAACAGGAACAAACCGCAGAAGCCACACAUAGAGAUAUGGACACAAGUCUUCAGGAAGUAACAGGUCUUUUAUUUACACACCAAUCUUGUCUCAGAUGAACUCCUGUUCCAAAAAUAUCUGAGCGUCAGAAAGCAUGGUGCAGAGGCCUUUUGUUAGCAGCAUAUUUCCUCCCAUACAGUAUAACCCCUCCUAUAUUCCUCAGACCAAUCAGCACACAGGAUAUUCAGGAUCACCUUAUAUAGGCAGACCACAUGGCAUUUACAGACAAAGGAAUGUACUAUCCACUUCCACACAUGCUCAGUAUACUGAUGACUCAUCCAACUGUUUGUAAUCAGAUACUAAUUUGCAUAUGCCAUGUGGAGAUUUCGGCCUACUAAAUUUUGACCGUGCUGGAAUCCCAUCACAGCUGCAUCCACCUUCUUCUCCUCCGGCUGGGUAAAUUUUAGCAGAGUAGGCACCUACAAUGUGGAGAAAGCAGGUGCCUACUCUGCUUUAACACCAAACAUGUACUCACAGCUUGCUGGGCCGCAAAGAUGUCCAUUGUGGGCUGUGAGUUUGACAUGCUUGCUCUAGUAAGACACAAAAUGUAAACAGGGAAAUGUUUUUCAGACACACAGUGGCGUUCAAUUUAUAAAACUAGAACUUGGUUUAUAAUGAAAUUGGUUUAUAGCAACAUUGUCAUGAGUAAGGAUAAGAGAGGAUCUGUUAAAAUUAUCCACCCCUGCCAGAGCAUUGUAAAUACAUAGCAAAGCAUGGAAUUGAAUGGGAUGCCAUUUAACAAUAUUAAAUUUAAACUAAGCUUGAUGUGCCUGAUGGAAUAUGCUUUUGACCACUUGGUGGCAGAGUUGCAACAUUGAGAUAGAAUCUUUAGGCAUGAAUUCAGAAACAGGCACUUUUAUUUUGUUCUGCUUUACAUGCUAAAUAAAUUGCAUAUUUUCCCUUUUUCUCUGUAUCAAUCACUGGGACAGAUUAAACAUACAAAUAAAUAUGUAAAACGUGCACUCCUGGGUCUCAAUCCACAAAAUUAUGUAUUACUUUAAUUUAAAUUGAGUUUAAAAAAAAUCAUGUAAAAAAAUAAUAAUAAAUAAAUAUAUAUUAAUGCCAUGUUACCAAGGUUGAAUAAUAGUCCAAUAUUCUCCGGCUACUAGGCGCGUGGGCAGAAGAGAAAUAGGGCAUAGCAGUUUCACAGUCCAUCACACGAAGCGGAGAAAGAAAUCAAAAUUAAAUUCUAAAAAACUGGAACUUGAAAACAGAGAACAGGAUAUUAACCACUGCUCUGAAAACAGAGGUGGUAAGUCAUGUGAGCAGUUGUAAAUAAGCAGGAUGGCUGCAGAUUUUAUUAAAGGACACGGAGGCUCUUAUUAGGCUUAUCUCUUUCUUUUAUUCCUCAGCAGCAAAGAAAGCUAAGGUGUUUAUUUGUAGAAAAAAACAUACAUAAAUACCCUCACAGGGUUAACCUUACAUCAUUAUCUCUUAACCAAUAGGAACAGUCCAUCUCUGAUAUCCUCUCAUGUAACCUCCUCCUCUUCCUCUUUCUUUGCUGCUGCCUCAGCUAAGUAACACCUUCAUUUUUUCUUGAUAUGCAUUGCUUAAUUUGAUUCUGUGAUUUCUGUUGAUUCUGUGUUGUUGCUGCAGUAUAAUCUCCUGACUACUGUGUUUUCCCUCCCACCCUCAACCCUCCUGUGGGUUCACUCAGUGGGGGUGCCCCUCCCACGCAUCCCCGCCGGUUCCCCGACCCCCAGGGCGGGUAUACCGGCCGUUCACCUCACUAUCGGGUAGUUUAUUACCCGUCCUCCCACCCGCGGCACUCGGGCGCUGGGCGCAGGGAAACCCCUGGGAACGGUUCAAACUGUUCCCUGACUGGGUUUUUUCCUCGGCGCCAGUGCCCGCGAGUGAGUGCCGCGCGCGCAUGCGCAUUUCCAGCCGCAACCCGCGGCGGCCAUCUUAAAGGGGCGGCAGACAUAAAUUUUGCCGCUCUUUUUUCCCCCUCAGCUCGCUCAGCCCAACAAGAAAGGGCGAGCUGAUUGGUUUAGAGGCCUGCCUGUCAGCUUACCAGUGCUCCCAGAGGGCAUUCCUGAGGGAACACUCGGUAAGCUAACAGUGCAGCCUUUUUUCUGUCCUGUCUUUGCCUUGUCUGACUGUCUACCCUGCCCUGCAGUGUGUAAUUAACAGCCACAGUUUUUACUGCCAGACUGUGUGAGUCCCAUUAUCCUGCCACUAAGUAUCUAACUAUGCAGGCCCCUAGUGAGCACCCUGUCUCUGGCCCCAGUGAUGGUGAGGACACCAACGCCCGCCACCAGACCAAGCUGUCUGAACCCCUAACCCUCCAAGGGGAUGCGGUGGCUCCGCUGGAGCAGCUGGACUCGCAGGAGUUCCACUCACUCCUGGAUGCCACCAUGUCACGGUCGGUCACCCAAGCGAUUUAUUCUGCAAUGGGGGCUAUGUCUGACAAUCUCUCUCACUCCAUCACUACUGCUCUUAAGGCAUCCACCACCAAUUUGCCCCGCGCUAGAGCCGUGGCAGACGGGUCAUUACGCAGGGAAGGCCGGAAAGCCAUAAGCAAAACCCAUCACGUGCAAACUCCUACCUCCAAAAAAGAAUUGACGGACAGGGUACGUCCUGUCACCGCUGAGGUCGUGGGGCCCCCACGAAAGAGAGCCACCCGCCGGGCAAAAGCGGCGCGGACGUGGAAGAGGGCAAAAGCCCUGUCAGAUUCUUCCGACACUGAUUCGGAUAGUGAGGAGGUUUUGAACGAAUCCGACGAGAUCGACUCAAAUGAAUGGGAGGUCUCCUCCCCGGACCAUAGUCCGUCACGAGAUCCAAAUACCCUAAGGUAUGAUAACGCGGAUCCGUCCGCCAUUUUGGAUCCACAGGGCGAACCUCUGUUCGAUCCCGAUACAUUACAGAACCCUAGGUCAGCAGAGUGGUUCCCAACUGAGCAUGUGGCACGCUACAUAGCAGCCAGAAUCCGUAAGCCUUUAGAUAAGGCCACCAGGAACAAGUUGCGGGCAGAAUGCCCACGGCCAACAGUCCCCGACAUGGCCUGUGCCACGCCGGAUAUAGAUCCCAAGGUAGCACAGUUCCUGGGAAAAACUGGCUGGAAGGCAAAGAAGGGAUUGGAUUACUCCCUACGCCACUGCCAGGACAAGGUACUCGAUACACUCGGCCCUAGUGCCAAAAUCUUCGAGCUGGUUGAAGCAGCCCUAACUGAGGGGACACCGUUAGAUUUGCUAGCCAUUAGAGGCUGGGCCCAGAGGUCCAUUUGCCUCAUCGGCAACGCUAACGCCACGCUAGCCACUGAGCGGCGCAAAACCAUUCUUAUGAAAAUUGAGCCCAAGCUCGUAAACAUGGCCCUCACCGAACCGGGGCCACAAGCCAAAGGUCUCCUAUUCGGAGACAAUUUCGUUAAGGAGUUAAGCACUUACGUAAGCACGUUUACGGCCCUAGACAAGGCACAGACAAGCAUAAAAAGAGUGUUCUCUCCCAGAGUUUUUGGUGGAGCCGGCAGACACCGGGGCCGUCUGCCCGGCCGUUCAUCCCGUGGUUCAUACCGGGGAUACCGAGGUCCCGCUACGGCUAGAUUUCAGCCGCCAGAAAACAGAGCACCCUCGCCCUUUUUUCCGGUCAGAGGCAGACCAUGGCGACCUCGAGGAACCAGAGGCACCUCAUACAGCCGACGGCCUUAUGGUGAGUGCAAUACCUUUCCCCUCCCCGGGUAUACACAGCGUAGGGGGCAGACUGUUACACUUUAUAGAGGUCUGGCAACACUUGACAACAGACUCGUGGGUCCUAAAUACUGUAGUAGGGUACCGCAUAGAGUUCGUACAACCCCCUGUCCAAACUACCUGGCCACACCGAAUAACAUUCUCCUCACACGACAGGGACCUGGUGACCAAAGAGAUCCUCUCACUCCGAGAAAAAGGCGCAAUAUUUCAGGUUCCCUCACCCUUCCCGGGGUUCAUGAGCAAUCUAUUUCUGGUACCCAAGAAAGGAGGCGGAGUCCGCCCAGUCAUCAACUUGCGGCCCCUAAACGCAUUUGUCCGAUACCGCCAUUUCAAAAUGGAAGGUAUCCACUGCUUACGAGACCUGCUCAGAGUGGGGGACUGGAUGGUCAAACUAGACCUGCAAGACGCCUACCUCACGAUCCCUAUAGCGGAAGAAUGUCGCCACCUACUCCAAUUCCAAUGGCAAGGAGCGACAUGGAGAUUCCAAUGCCUGCCCUUCGGACUCUCAUCGGCCCCUUGGUGCUUCACCAAGCUCCUAAAACCAGUGGUCGCGUUAUUGCGCAGCAGAGGCAUACGAAUGAUCAUAUAUCUGGACGAUAUGCUGCUCAUGGCGCACGAGGCCUGCCAACUCCGACAGCAUCUAUCCUGGGCAUUGACCCUGUUAAGAAAUUUGGGAUUCCUCAUCAAUUGGAAAAAAUCGGUACUUACCCCAUCUCAACACAUGGAAUUCCUGGGAUUCCACAUAGACGCAACGACCGGGACGCUCAGUUUGCCAACAGACAAAGUCAAGAGCAUAAAAAAGGAGAUCCGCAGAACACUGACAAGACCAGUGUUAACUCUGCGACAACUAGCCAGGGUACUUGGACUCCUAUCAGCCUCCAUCCAGGCAAUCUUCCCGGGGCCUCUACAUUACAGGGCUCUGCAAAGGCUAAAAGCCUCACAUCUACGCUCGGGGCACUCAUACUCCGACUCCGUCCCACUCGACCACGAGGCCAAGCAGGAACUCACCUGGUGGCUGCAUCAUAUGGAAGCAUGGAACGGCAGGGCUAUCUUCGGAACUGCCCCGGACUUCACCAUAGAGUCCGACGCGAGCACACACGGUUGGGGAGCGCGCUGCGGGCCUACCUCCACCGGAGGCAUCUGGUCACGCUCAGAGAAAGAGUUACACAUCAACAGCCUGGAACUCAUGGCGGGGUCAUUCGCCCUGAGAAGUCUCCUCGGAGCCGCAACCAACUGCUCCAUUGUCCUGCGAAUGGACAACAUAUCUGCAGUCCGAUACAUCAACCACCUCGGUGGCACAAAGUCAAGGAUCCUGGCGGACUUGGCCAAAGACUUUUGGCAACAUUGCCUGGCACGCAAUAUUUCGGUACAAGCGGAGUACAUCCCGGGCAUGUCCAACAUAGUGGCGGACUGGUACUCCAGACAUCUGCGAGACACCAGCGACUGGCGGCUAGACCGCAGUGUGUUCUUACGACUUCAGACGCUCUGGGGCCCGAUGCAAAUCGAUCUCUUUGCGUCUCGUUUGAACUCCCAAUUGCCAACAUUCUUCAGCUGGAGGCCGGAUCCAGACGCCCUGGCAGCGGACGCUUUUCUCCAACACUGGCCACACAACAGAUUGUAUGCAUUUCCUCCGUUCUCCCUCAUAGCUCGAACACUGGUGCACCUCAGGCGGACUCAAACGUCAUUGGUCCUCAUAACCCCGUUUUGGACAGCUCAGCCGUGGUUCCCCACACUCAUGGAGAUGUCUAUAGACCUGCCGAGACACUUACCAGACGUCUCAUACCUUUUAGCAGAUCCAGAGGGCAAACCACACCCCCUGUUGGUACAGGGGCAACUCAAACUUUUAGCAUGGUUGCUUUCAGGGGACCAUGGAGCGUCCCAGAGGUUCCACAGGAAACUAUCGAUCUACUGGCAGGAGCUUGGGCGCCUGGAACGAGACGCUCCUACCUCUAUGCCUGGAACGGAUGGAGUAGUUGGUGCAUGGAACAGCAGGUGGAUCCCAUAUGUGCUCCUAUAAAUUACCUGUUGCGUUUCUUUACCAACCUAUACAAUCAAGGUUUGGCCUAUCGCACCAUCAACGUGUACAGGUCUGCAAUCUCAGCGGGACACCGGGGAAUAGAUGGGACCCCAGUGGGCCAGCAACAAUUGGUAUGCCGUCUCCUUCGAGGUAUUCGGUUUGCUCGUCCACCGCAACCCCGAUACACGUCUCUAUGGGACGUCAACUCAGUUUUACAACUGUUAGAAACUUGGCCACACAAUGAGACACUCACACUGAAACAACUGUCAGCAAAACUAGUCAUGCUCCUCUGCUUGAUCUCUUGUAAGAGAGUGUCAGACGUCAGGGCGUUGGACGUUGAUGCAAGAUCCUUUACUCCCACGGGGGUUUCAUUCAACAUCUCCAGACGUACAAAGUCAUCAAUUACCUCAGUUUCGUAUCCAGCAUUCCCGCAUAACCGUAAACUCUGCCCGGUGGUUUGCUUGAAGGAAUACGAGACAAGGACCCUGGAAUUCAGAAACCCGAGGCACCCGGAAUUGUUUUUAGCUAUCAAACAACCACACCAUCCCGUAUCCACGGUAACUCUCGCCAGAUGGGUGAGAUGGAUAAUGGCCUUAGCCCACAUAGAUACAACUGUAUAUGGUGCACACUCUACCAGGGGGGCCAUGGCUUCAAAGGCUUUUAAUUUAGGUUGUAAAUUGGAAGAUAUCAUGAAAACAGCAGACUGGUCUAGGGCAUCGACAUUUAAGGAAUACUACUUUCGACCUACAGAACAUGUGUCAAGUUUAGUUAUUGCACAGCUUUAAACUAGCCUAAUAAGAGCCUCCGUGUCCUUUAAUAAAAUUACCAGAUUUUACUAAUUACAUGACGUAAAGUCAUGAUUUUAUAAAGGACACGGAGGCGAGUAUUAGCCCACCCAGGGCAGAUACAACAAAACAUUUGUAUCCAAACCCAGGUACGUAAUAGGGACUUUUUUUCGUUAAAUGAGUUAUCAUUGAUAUAAGGUAUAUGUGUUACGCUAUGGUAAAUCUAUCAAACAAGGAAUGAUUGCAUGUUUAAUAUAUGAUUGAUUACAUAAACAGCUCACCUUUUAAUACCAUAGUAAGAUGAAAAUAGUUGGCAAGGACACGUUUUACCAUUUGUUUUCUUUGUCUUUCCAGCCUGAAACACAGCUAAAAGAUACCCACUGA